AUGUCCUAUUACGACGACGACCGACCGCGCCGACACAGGAGCACUCGGGAGCGAUCACGAAGAGAUGAUUAUGAUGACACCGUCUAUGACGAGGACACCCGAGAAACUCGCAUAGUCAAACGUCGUGAUGACAGUGCUGAUUCCAUCGAGGAAGUCUCCCGAGACUUUGCUCCGGGGGAUCGCGGCGGCGCUUACUAUCGCGAGACCACGGUGCGCAAAAGUGGCCAUCGUCCUACCCGUGCCCGAUCCACCGACGACCGUUACUAUGAUGAUCGCUACGAUGAUCGCUCCUAUGUGUCCCGCCGAAGACGUGACGACGACUACACCGUUGCCACUUCCAAGCGCCGAAGUCGAGAUUAUGAUGACCGACGCCGGUCCCGGCACCAUGACUCCUACUCAGACGACUCCUCCCGCAGUCGUACGCCUCCAAAGAAAGAGCGCAGAAAGUCCACCACCGAAGAGUUACUGGGCAGUCUGGGCUUGGGAGGUGUUGCCGGAGCUCUCCUCGGCAAGGGUCGUGAUAGAUCAAGAUCCAGUGACCGUGACGGUGGCCGUCGUCGGAGCCGUAGCCGUCGUGAUAGAUCAGAUUCGGAUCGAUCUCGACACCGAAGCAAGAGUCGCAGCAAUGUCAAAAGCGAACAAGUCUCUCAAGCCAUCAAAGCCGCCGUGUUGGCGGGCGCCAGCGAAGCCUUCCGUGCUCGAAAAGAACCAGGAGGUUGGGGUGGCGAUAAAGGCAAACGAGUUCUCACGGCCGCUCUUGCUGCUGGAGGUGUCGAUGGCUUGAUCUCCGACCGUCGUGACCCGGAUCAUCACAAGAAGCGUGACAUUGUCGGCUCUGCCUUGGCUGGUCUGGCGACCAACCGCAUCAUCAAUGGACCACGAUCCAAAUCCCGCGGUAGAAAUGGCAGUCCGGACAGUCGUCGUGGUCGAAGCCAGUCCCGUGGAGGCAUUGGUGAUUUGGCGGCUGGCGGUGUUAUGGCGGCGGCUGCGAAGAAAGUCUACGAUCAUGUGCGCUCUCGCUCCCGCGGUCGGUCUCGAUCUCGGUCUCGCAGCUCGUCCUACGGCAGUCGAAGCCCACCACCACGCCGCAAGCGAAGUGCAAGCGUGUCAUCCAUGGCGGCCAAGGGCCUUGCGGCCCUGGGUUUGAAGGAUGCCGCGGACAAGGUGGACCCAGAUCGCCGACACUCACGAAGUUAUGACGAUUACUACGACGAUGGUCGAUCCAGUCGAAACGGAGGAUAUGGAUACAAUGAUUCCAGAGAUGUACGUACAAUUCAACCCCAACAUGGGGCCCCCCCCCGUGCCAUGAGUCUCCCUCGAGGACCGCCUCCUGGCUAUGAACUUGACUACGGCCCGCGCCAUACCGGUGACCCAGAGACAGACUCGGAUUCUGACCUCGGCUCCAGUUCCGACGAUGAGAAGAAGACGAAGAAAAGUCGCAAGAAAAUGGUCCUCACGGGAGGUCUUGCCACUGUGGCGACCAUUCACGCGGCGCACAGUGUCUAUCAAAGUAUGGAGAAGAGGGAAGCUCGAAAGCAUGCCUUGAAGGAGGGUGAAAUCAGUCCAGAACAAGCACAGAAAGAGAAGAACAAGAACAGGUUGCAAGAUGCCGCAAGUAUUGGUAUAGCUGCCCUCGGUCUUAAAGGGGCGUACAGUGAAUGGCAGGAGUUACGUGAGGCUCAGAAGAGGAUGAAAGAACAAGCAGAUAAACAUGAGCGACACCGAGCUAAACGGGAAGCACGAAGAAGGAAGAUGAGUAUGACUGCCGCCCACCACUAUAUCGACAACGGUUUCACAGGAAGCAUGCCCAACCUUGGGACGUAUGCUCAUGACCCUUAUCACCCUCCUGCAGCACCACCUUACAGCACUGGUACCUCGAUUCAUUAUUCUGACGACAACCCUUACGGAGCACUUACGCAGCAACCGGCUUAUGUUCCGUCACCUCCACCUCCGCCGGUGGGCUUUCCGAGGGCAAAUACGCGAUAA